AUGCGCGCGCGCGCGUUCGCCCUCGCGCGAGACGCGAGAGUGAGCGCUCACCCAUCCAUCAUAGCCCUAUCGCCCGCGAUGGACGUCGUCGUCAUCGCUGACCGCGCGACCGGAACGCUCUUCGCUCAUCGUUUGGAUUGGGCGAAACUCUGGACGUGUGCGCUCGAUCGCGAGUUGGGCGAACCACUCUGCGCGGCGUUUCGCGGCGAUGGGAAGGUGCUCGCGAUCGGAUACGGACGAGGCGUCGUGACGAUCCACGCGACGGAGGACGGACGGGAGUUGAGACGAAGAGGACGAAGCGAGCGAGCGGUAGGAAUCGACGAGACGAUGAAUGUGGGCGAUUCGGGUGACCGUGAUGGAAAAGGAAUCACGGCGAUGGUGUGGGCGGAGACUUCGCGAGCGGUGCUCGAUGGAUCGAUGGGUGGAGUGCGUGGUGGACUGGCGACGCGUGAAGGCAGGUCGGACGGCGGUGGCGUGCAGAGCGGAUCCAAAGCGGAGAGCGGCGAAGUUGGAUGCCUGGUCGAUUACUUCGAAAACACCGGGAAGUUGAGCACGAUUGUUUUAGCACGCGAAGACGGGACGCUGGCGAUGGACGUGUUCGGGAUGUUUCGAACAGGGACGUGGCGCGCAGCGAGCGGGAGCAGAAGCGCGGUGGGACUUGCGGUGAGGGAUGAUCUCGGGUUCGUGGACGCGGUGAUGCGCGAUGGUUCGAGUGGAUCGGUGUCGUUCACGCGAUUAGAUGCUUCGUACGUCGCGACGCAUGCACGGGAGGUGUAUUUGAUGGCAACACACGCGUCGCACGUGACGACGAUGUUAGAAGAGGCGAAAACCAUCCUUGAUCGAGCCGCGUCGAAGUAUUCGUCGGGGUAUCGCAAGCCGUUUUGCGCGAAAUUCAACGAGUUCACGCAGUCACUGGACAUGAUCGAAAUGGGCUCGUCGUCCAUGGACGCCCGUGGUGAACUGAAAGAGCGGCUCGCACAGGUGUUGAUGUGCGAGACGUUCGACGAGGCCUUGGAGCACUUCUUCAUGACAAAUUUCAAGUCUGGAUUGGUGAAGCGUAUGGCAAAAGAAUGUGAUACGGCGCUCACGAACGCGCACGAUGGUCUCAUCGCGACCUUGUCCCCGUUGAUCGACGGUAUCAUGUUACAAUUAAGAUCCAUUCGCGGCUUGGCUCGACUCGCGUUUGGUUCAGAAGGGAUUGGGAUCAGCGAGUCGAAGGUCGACGACUUGAUGAAGAUGUGCGAACGACUCGCGUUUGUCGUCGUCGAUGUCACACGCCUGAUUACGGAUCGAGCGAUGCAGCUUCGCGCGUUCUUCGUGUGCAUCAUUCGUUCCCAAAUCAUCGCGGAUGGCGGCGACGGGCACGGAGCGCAACUCCCUGCACCACGAUUAGAUUUGGCUCGCAAGUUUUUGGACGUGGCGUUCGAAGAUAAGCGUGGCAUGUCGAUGGACUAUCUGGACCAUGCGCUCGCUCCACGAACAGAUCACGUUCUGAAGAGCUCACUUGAAUUCUUACGAGCCUCGCAGUCUCGUACAGAAGCCGUCAGCUACAUGUCAGAUGUGAGCAUGUCCGAGGUGGUGCCUCUCCGAGAGAUGCUCGAUUACAUCAUCGAGUACGCGAACGACAUCAUAAGUGCACCGUGCGCGUUGGUGAGCGAAAAGUGCGUCUGGAUGCACGCGGGUGACGUGACCGAUGGCGCCAUGUUGUCUAUUUUCUCGAACGCUCAAACAGUCGGAGCGCAUCGAGAUAGCUUUCACGUGGAUGACCUGCGGGAUCGCGUUCACCUCUAUCGUGCUUUCGAUGGAAGUUGCAUUCGAUCUGCGACGUUGACGACUCCGAAUGAGUUGGUCGUACACGUUUGCGCGUACAAGGGCGGCUCGAUCGUGCUCCUACUCAAGCCCAAGGAUUCCGCCGCCGGCGUAAAGGCUCGACUCGUCCUUCUCGAAGAAGACGCCCUGGAUGGGAUUCCGCGCGAUGGCACGAACGUGGACAUUAACUCUAUAUCCAGUCGCGAGCGUGCGCUCCCAUGCGUCGAACCGUUCGCACCUCUGGCGGUAUCCGUAAAUAGAGGCCUCUGCGCGGUGCUAGUCACCCCGACUCGCCUACAAGUGUACGACCUCGAGGACGACGAUGACGACGACUGCGAUGACGACCAUGACGACAACGACGCAUAA